AUGAAGUGGGUAGAGAGACCUGUCCUCCGGGCCGUAGCUUGGCUGGUCAUAGUAGCAUUCUGUUGGGGGCAGACUGAGGGGCAGCUUCAAGGGAGUUGGCAACUCUUGCUAGAAAACGGUGGAAUUUCUUCAAUGCAUUCCGUGCUGCUUCAUACUAACAGAGUUCUCAUGUACGACCGGCAAGGCCGGGGCCCGUCCAAUAUCACCCGAACCGACCCGGCCUGCAGUAACGCGCCCCGGCCUCUUCCUUUCGAUUCUGAAUGCUGGUCGCACUCGGUGGAAUACGACAUUGCAACCAAUACGGUGAGACCGCUGCACCUGGUCACGGACAUAUGGUGCUCUUCGGGUGCAGUUCUCAGCGACGGCACUGUCAUCCAAACCGGCGGUUUUGGAGACGGUGGGAAUAUCACACGCAUUUUUAAGCCAUGCUCCGACCAGACCUGCGACUGGGUCGAAUCUACUACUGAGAAGCUGAUAUUCACUAGGUGGUAUGCGUCUAACCAGAUCUUGCCCGACAAUCGGAUCGUCAUUGUGGGAGGCCGCAUGGCGUAUAGCUACGAAUUUUAUCACAAGAAAAGCGACAAGGAUUUUCAAUACCUGAAUUUUCUCUGGCAGACGAUUACUCAGGGCGAAGAGGAGAACAAUCUGUACCCGUUUGUCCAUCUAUCUUCCGACGGCAAUCUGUUCAUCUUCGGCAAUAAUGAUUCCAUUCUGAUCGACUACAAGACAAACCAGCUGCUCAGAACAUUCCCCCAAAUGCCUGGCGGGGGCGCACGGAACUACCCAAGCACGGGCUCUUCAGUCAUGUUACCGCUGGAUUUCGCCAACAAUUUUGCAAGAGUGGAGAUUAUGAUCUGCGGAGGAACACCACCGGGAAACUUCUUCAAGGCGGACAAGGAAAAGAUAUUCAUCAAAGGUCUGAACAACUGCGGGAGAAUUGAGAUCACCUCUGAGAACCCAGUGUGGCAGAUGGAGGACAUGCCCGGGCCCAGAAUGAUGGCCGACAUGAUCGUCCUACCCACGGGCGAAAUUCUCCUAAUCAACGGCGCCGAAAUAGGAUCCGCUGGGUGGCAAGAUGCGCGGAAUCCCGUGCUCAAUCCGUGGCUCUACCGACCGGCCCAGCCUGCGGGUAACAGAUUUACCGUCCUGGAUCCCUCAAGCAUUCCUCGAAUGUACCAUUCUACUGCAAAUCUUCUUCCCGAUGGACGGAUCCUCGUGGCCGGAAGCAACCCAAAUGAUUAUUAUAACUUCGCCGACGACGUAUUUUCCAAAACCGAGCUGCGGGUGGAGGCGUACAGUCCUUACUAUCUGAACCAGCAAAACGAUCUGGUUCGACCCAGUAUUCAGUUUGUUGGACAAUUCGAAGCGAUCCCCUACGCAUCGACAUUCCAAGUUCAGUUCACAGUCAGUGGCACUCUGAGCCAGGACCUUCGUUUUAACGUCUACGCCCCUCCCUUCAAUACCCACAGUGUGUCCAUGAGCCAGAGAAUGCUCUCGCUCGCUGCCACGCCGGUUGCGAAAGAAAAUGGAGUUUACUCUGUGUUCUUGACGGCUCCACCCAACUCGGUGGCUGCUCCUUCUGGGUAUUAUCUGCUUUAUGUUGUUAAUGGAGGUAUUCCUAGCCAGGGGUGUUGGAUUCGCUUGGUGUAA